AUGAUGAUUCUUGCUCAGGUGCUGUUGAUAGCCUUAGGUGUGUUGGGGCUACAGCUGACCCAAGCCCAUAAUCCGGACUUCCCAAACGCACUGAAAAUAAUCACAGAUGGAAGCUCUGAGCCGAACGACACCACGAAAUUUACAGUUGAACGCUCGUACUCAAGAGUGGACUACGUCUUUAUCCCGGGAGCAAACUGCACAGAAAUCAGGUUCGGAGAUAGGUGCGUGUGGAAGAGCGGGGACAAGGACGUCAAAGACCCCGUCUCCAUCGCCUACGUCACCGACAUUAACCAGCUGGCAGUCCGCCAAAAGCACAUAUCAGUCAUCUACAACGAGGGCAUCGGCACAAACUGGCAGUUCGCCUACGUGGUCGACAAUGAAACCGGCAAGGUCUUCGCGACCGAGGAAGGAGAAAAGUGGAGGGGCCUCUUUCUCAAGCUUAUAAUGGUCUCAAUCUCGCUAUCGUUGUUUUUUCUCCUCAACCCUUUCAUCCUCGGCCUCCUCAUCUACCUGGUCAAGGUCACCAGGGACAUCAGAAGCUAUGUCAGCAAUGGGCCAGAAGCACCACUUUUGCCAUAG